AUCGAACGAAGCAGAUGUAUUUUUUACAGACCGACGAAGCAACGUGGAAUUACCAUUCACAUUUUUGGUCCUAAUCGAACCGGAUUCGGAGAGCUAUCGAAGGGAUGGAUCCAGAAGAGGUAGCACCCAUGCCCAUCGAUGAAGAUGGAGGACAGGCGACACCCGAGCAGCCUGUAUACGCCGUUCUUCAAACGGAUCUCGACCGGAUGGUGAUGCAACGGAACCAUGCUGUAACAUGAAUUUCUCAAAUAAUAGAGACAGUAGCAGCCUUUGAGCACGACAUUACCCUUUUGGAAACCAGAAGGGAUAUGUUUAAAGACUGCUACAGAGCCUACGACACAAACCAAAGUAUGCUUGAGCAGUGGGUACCGGACGAAGGAGCAAACCGUACCGAAGUUGAGCUCAAAUACAUUUGUGGCCUCGCUAUGUUUGAAAAGACCAUUAAAGCCAAGAAGUCGAGCGAAGGGGCCUCAUUUAGCCGAGAUUCUGUGAGGCUUCCUACAGUUGACCUGCCGAUCUUUAGUGGUGUCGGAGAAAACUGGUUGGAGUGGAUCGAUAAGUACAACUCAUUGAUCCAUCGCCGAACAUCUCUACCCACGAUCCAGGAAUUUGAGUACCUUAAACUUUCGCUGCGUGGUACGGCACUGGGUCUCGUGGAUUCUUUACCAACCACCGAAGCGAACUAUGCCAUUGCGUACGACCUCCUGAUUCAACGGUAUAGUAACCCGAAGCUACUCAUACAAAAACAUACUCGAGAGCUUUUCGAACUGAAGCCAGUGAAGAUGGAAUCCUCUGCUGCUUUACGCGACUUGUUUGAUUCGGCCCGCAAACACCUGAGAUGUCUCCUCAUCUUAGAACAACCCGUCGAUUCCUGGGAUGCAAUACUGGUACACCUUAUGGCCAAUAAACUCGAUUCGGCAACGCGCAGAUAGUGGGAAUCGGCUGCAUCGGGGACAACCCCACCAAAGUACGAGCAGCUAGAAAGAUUCGUGAGCGACAGAUAUCAAGUGUUUGAUGCUAUGCCAACCAAAUCUGCAACAUUAGAACCACCGCCAACAAAACGGUUCAAACCGGAAAUACGUGCUCUCACGGUAAACCAGCGAUUUGAGAAGCAAGGAUGUGUCGCUUGUGGCAGUGAUCAUGCUUUGGCUAGCUGCAACCGAUUCAAAGCAAAAUCGAUCGACGAGAAAAUCAAGCUAAUCAAACGCUACUCUUUGUGUUACAAUUGUUUGAAAGCUCGUCAUACAGCAGAUGUAUGUAGAAGCAGAGUCUUCGAGAUAUGUGAACGAAGACAUCAUACUUCUAUUCAUCGAGGAAA